AUGCUCCCCAAGAACGACGUUAAUGAGGACGAUGGUAUCACGGCCUUCGCACAGCGGCAGCAGCAGCAGCAGCAGCAUCAGGACCCGCUCAGGGCCAACCUCCACCGGACGACCUACACCGGUGCCCUCCUUUUUAACCUCGCCUCCUUCAUCCUGCCCGCCCUCUACGGCACCCUCUCCAAGCUCUGGGUCGCCAACAUCGACGCCUCGCUCGUCGUCACCACCGACGCCUACAUCUACAUCGGCGUCGUCGCCGAGGUCCUCAAUGAGGGCCUUCCACGCGCCGCCUGGGUCAUCAUCGGCGACAACGUCUCCCGUUCCCUCGCCCAGCGGCUGCGCCUCACCCACACCCUCGUCCUUUUCCAGUCCGUCCUGGGUCUCAUCAUGAGCCUCGCCUUCGUCGCCGGCGCGCGCACCUUUGCCAAGGGCUUUGUCCCCGUCGAGGUCCGCAACGUGAGGGUCACUUACAUCCGCAUUGGCGCCUUCGGCGCCUUCAGCAGCGCCGUCGAGACCGCCGUCUCGUCCGCCACGAGGGCGCUCGACCGGCCUGGCGUGCCGCUGAUCAUCAGCUCCGUCAAAUUCGCCGUCAAUAUCGUUUUGGACCUGCUGCUCAUCUCCAAGGUCCAUGUCGGCUCGCACCAGCCCACGGUCAACAUGCAGGUCGGCAUCCAGCUCGUCUGUAAUCUCGCCUCAGCCCUACUCGGCUUGGCAUAUUUCCUCUGGAGGACCACACUUCAGUACCAGAAGCGGCGUCGGGUCGUUGGCCGCGGUGAAUGGGAGACGACGCGGCCGAGCGUGAGGACGCUCUAUAUCCUCCUCCGCCCCGGCGCCCUGACCUUCAUCGAGUCGGCGGUCCGCAACGCCUUCUACCUAUGGCUCAUCAGCAACAUGGGCGUAUUCAAUACCAUCCGUUGGGGUCUCAUCAUGGUCCCCGUCCAGGCCCUUGAGCAGACGUCGCUGGCCUUUGUCGGCCACGCAUGGGGUGCCUGGAGACGCGCCAUAGGCGUCGAGACGCUGCAGCCCAACGCCGGCAAGGGCGCCAUCAUCAAGAUCGUCAGGCCGACCGUUAAGUCUCUCGUCAUCGCCCUCGCCAUCGAGGUACCCAUGUGCCUGUUCCUGACUUACUUCGGCGCUCGUCCCUUCGCGCGCUACCUGAGCGGCUCCGACGAGGUCGCCGAAGUGACGGCUAUAAUGUGGCGGAGCCUCGACUGGUGCUACAUCUUCUAUGCCAUGUUGACGAUGCUGGCGACUGUCUUGCUUGCGACGCGACCGCGCUGGUAA